ACAAUAGUAAAUAAUCUUACUGAUACCCAAGACGGACCUAGAGAGACUGGACUGAGAAGUAAAAGGUUAGCUCUAAAAUGAACACAUGACAUGGGUCCACUUGGCAGAAGUCCAUCAAUAUUUGUUCUGCAGAUAGACCCCAGAUAGCAUGGCUCCACGGUCUCAACGACGAAGACACAAGAAACCCUCCUCACCAGUGGCUCCAAUGGCUGAGACCCCACCCAAGGUUAUGACCCCGCCUAAGACUGUGAACCCUGUGUCUCUGACUCUCUCAAAACCUGGCCCUAGCAUUGAUGCACUCGGCUUCUUCUCUUUGGAGAAGAAUGUUCCUGGCCUAUCCCAGCUGAUCCUCCAGAAGCUGAACAUGAAGAGCUAUGAUGACUACAAGUUGGUGAUAGACGGGGGUAUCCCCAUAUCAGGCUUUGGAUUUCGAUGUCCUCAAGAAAUGUUCCAGAGACUGGAGGACACAUUUCGAUUCUGUGCUCAAUGUAGAGCACUCCCUAGUGGCCUCUCAGGUUCAAAGGUUCUCCGGUGCUGCACAAGGUGCAGAAACGUCUAUUACUGUGGUCCAGAAUGCCAGCGAUCAGACUGGCCAGUACACAAAAGGGUCUGUCAAGAGCUGCAUCUAGUGGCUGUGGAUCAUCUUGUGGAAUGGCUUCUGGUUACAGGUGACUUUGUCCUGCCCUCAGGACCUUGGCCAUGGCCAACCAAAGUUAUCCAGGGCUGGGACACCUGGUUUUCUAUGCGAGCAUUACAGCUAGAUGCUUCACUGGAUGCUGUGCUAGGUAGCCAGGCCAUGUCCACCUUGUGGGCCAGUGUAAGACAACCAAGGCCAGCCUCUGAUGUUCUCCAGGGUUCUUUGAAACGGCUUCUGACAGAUGCCCUAUCACGACCCUUGACACUGGGCCUGGGCCUUCAGGCCUUGGGGAUAGAUGUUGGGAAGACUGGGGGAAGCACAGUGCAUGUGGUUGGUGCUUCCCAUGUGGAGACGUUCCUCCCUCGUCCUGGAGACUAUGAUGAGCUUACCUACAUGUUUCCUGGACACCUUGGCCUCCGUGUGAUCAUGGUUGGUGUAGAUGUGGCUACUGGCUUUUCACAGAGCACCUCAACUUCAUCACUGAAGCCUGGCACAAUUCAGCUUAGCAGCCACAGAGGCCUCUAUCAUGACUUCUGGGAAGAGCAGGUAGAGACUGGACAGAUAGCCCAUCCAGAUUUGGUUGUGGGAUUCCAUCCGGGUUUCCAUUCCUCUCCAGACUUGAUGGAAGCUUGGCUGCCCACCCUGCUGCUACUUCGUGAUUAUAAGAUUCCAACACUGCUCACUGUUUACAGCCAUCAGGAGUUGACAGCCUCUCUGCAGAUUUUGGUGGACCUGGGUACUCAUAUCACUGCUUACGGAGCUAACCCUUUCAAGUCCCUCAAACCUGAACAAGUCUAUUCCAACCCCAACAAGCAGCCAGUAUACUGCAAUGCCUACUAUAUCAUGUUUCUUGGAAGUUUCCACCCGCUGGAGCAGAGACAACUGGAAGAGGAAGUGGAUGGCAAGGUUUAAAUAGCUGAGCCAGAUCCUGACUGAGUGUCUGGGAAACGGGGAGAUUGUGAUGAAAUUACUCUCCUAAUGCUGCCAGGUUGUUACCAACUGUGAAACCCACUGUAUUCUAAGCCUCAUUCAUUGUCCAGGUAAAAAUUCUAAGCAGAAAGCAGCUCCUAUGGCAUGAUUUGUUGCGAUGAGAGUAAACCACAGUAGCUUGUAGGACACUAAUCUGGAUUUAAGGAAUGAGGACCUGGUAUCUAUUUUUCCGGACAUUAGUGUUCUCAGCAGUUUCUUUUGUGGGGGGGGAAAAUGUAAUUCUCAACGAACUAGUUGGCAGCCUCUUCUACAGGAGGAAAAUAAAAAAGAAAAUACAUGAUCUUUUGUAGGACACUAAUCUGGAUUUAAGGAAUGAGGACCUGGUAUCUAUUUUUCCGGACAUUAGCGUUCUCAGCAGUUUCUUUUGUGGGGGGGAAAAUGUAAUUCUCAACGAACUAGUUGGCAGCCUCUUCUACAGGAGGAAAAUAAAAAAGAAAAUACAUGAUCUUAUUCUUGAGGCGGGGGAGGUGGGGCACUAGCUUCUAGUCUAGCAAUUUGGACUGCAGACUGUCCUUGAAAUAAUUCAACAGUGACAAGUGAGAGAGGGCGUGGGGAUUGAGACGCUGGUUUCUGUUAGGGCCUUUUCACACGAAAUAGCUCAUUCCUUUGGAGUUUCUGUUUCUAGAGCAGCUUCUUGUCCCAGUGUCAUACUUAGAUGUCCUGGAAUCUAUCAUACUUUACAUGAAUUUACUGGCAUUAUUUGUUAUCACCUGUCAUAAUAAACUCAAUUUGGAACUUCCUA